AUGCAUAUUGCAGGCCGUGUCCUCAAGAUGGUCACCGAAAUGGGUUCGGCAUCCAUCGGUGGCAUCAGUCCGGCACUUAGCGCAAAUGCAGCAAAAUCGUUCUUGGAAGCAACAGAUAAGGAAAAGAAAGAAAUGCAAGGAUUAAAUGAUCGUCUUGGCAACUACAUUGAUCGUGUCAAAAAGCUGGAGGAACAGAAUCGUAAACUGGUUUCAGAUCUCGAAGAAUUGAGAGGUCGUUGGGGCAAAGAUACCAGCCAAAUUAAGGUGCAAUACUCGGAUUCACUUAGCAAAGCUCGUAAAGAAAUUGAUGACGGUGCUCGUCGUAAGGCUCGAAUCGAUGUUCAAGUUGCUCGGCUUCGUGACGAUUUGGCUGAAUUACGAAAUCGGUAUGAAGAUGUUCAACACCGUCGUGAAAAUGACAGAGAAAAGAUUAACCAGUGGCAGCAUGCAAUUGAAGAUGCCCAAAGUGAAUUGGAAAUGCUUCGGGCUCGUUGGAAGCAACUGACAGAUGAGGAAACUCGCUUGAACAACGACAAUGCCCGUAUUUGGAAGGAGCUGGAGAAAGCCCGCACUGAUCUGGAUGCUGAGACUAUAGGGCGCAUUGAUUACCAAAAUCAAGUGCAAACAUUAAUGGAGGAACUAGAAUUUCUCCGUCGUGUGCAUGAACAGGAAGUCAAAGAACUUCAAGCCCUGCUUGCCCAAGCUCCUGCAGAUACUCGUGAAUUCUUUAAAAACGAAUUGGCUCUUGCUAUUCGCGAUAUCAAAGACGAAUAUGAUUACAUUGCUAAACAAGGCAAACAAGAUAUGGAAAGCUGGUACAAGCUCAAGGUUUCCGAAGUGCAAGGCUCGGCUAAUCGUGCCAAUAUGGAAUCAAACUACCAGAGGGAAGAGGUAAAACGUAUGCGUGAUAAUAUUGGUGAUCUCCGCGGCAAGCUUGCAGAUUUGGAAAGCAAGAAUGCCCUGCUGGAGAAGGAAGUACAAAACUUGAACUAUCAGUUGAACGAUGACCAAAGACAAUAUGAAGCCGCACUGAACGAUCGUGACGCUACGUUGAGACGCAUGCGUGAGGAAUGUCAGACACUCGUUGCUGAACUACAAGCGCUUCUUGAUACUAAACAAUUGCUUGAUGCUGAAAUUGCCAUUUACAGAAAGAUGUUGGAGGGUGAAGAAAGCCGUGUUGGCCUGAAGAGUAUGGUUGAACAAGUUGUUAAAACACGUUCAAUCCAACAACAAGAAGAUACCGACUCAACUCGUAACAUUCGUGGUGAAGUUUCAACUAAAAUAACAUUCCAACGUUCAGCAAAGGGAAAUGUAACAAUCGCUGAAUGUGACCCUAAUGGCAAAUACAUUAUGCUGGAAAAUACUCACCGAACUAAGGACGAAAAUGUUGGUGAGCACAAGAUUAGACGACAACUGGAUGGUCGCCGUGAAAUUGUUUAUACAAUUCCAGCAAAUACCAUACUUAAAGCUAACCAUACAAUGAAGAUCUUUGCACGCGACCAAGGCGGUGUUCACAAUCCACCAGAUACUUUGGUCUUUGAAGGCGAAAAUACAUGGGGUAUUGGCGCAAAUGUGGUCACCAAGCUGGAGAACAAGAGCGGUGAAGAACGUGCAACACAUACGCAAAAGACAGUUCAAACCGGACAGUAG